AUCAUGAGUCGCCCAACAGCAACAGUCGUCGUUUGUUGUUUGACUUGAACGGUUUGUUUGGUGUGCUUCGGUUAUUUUCAGCGACGGCAUUUUCCUCUGCUUAACGAAUCGAGUAAUUCCUCUUUUUGAGUGUGCUUUGUGCGUGGUUUACUUGUUGAUGUUGAUGAAAGUGCUUUGCACAUUAUAUUAACUGUUUAAUUAAAAGCUUUAUCUAACUCAUUAUCAUUGUGCCAAAUAAUUGCUUAGCAAAAAACAAAAAAGAGAGAAGUUUUCCCUCCUUCUCAUCUAUCUUUUGUGGCCCACCCGCGCAGCUGACGGCGACGACAACCGCAACGAACGACACACGACAAAGAGAAUACAGAACCAAUUAGCAAUUAAAAAGGACCAGUAAACAAACAAACAACAAAUAAUAAAAAUGGGUAAAGCUCAGAGCAAGCGUUCAAUUGAUAUCACCACCGAUCCCAAAAAGGUUGGCGAGGGCAAUGAAGUUGCUGGAAAAGUCGAGAAAAUUGAAGAUGGCGAUCAAGCGGCGGCGCCCGCAUUAAACGGCGACGCAGCAACGUCACAAGAGAAGAGCGAGGAUGCAACUGCCACAAGCAGCGAGAAAAAGGAAUCGGAAGAGAACUCGGAAAAUGACAAAGAUCUGACAACUGAGAAAAGCGAUGCUGCAAAGGCUGCUGAUGGUGCCGCUGGGGAUGCAACUGCCGAGACUGUAAAGGAUGAGACAGUGGCAGCGGCAGCGGCAGCUUCAGGAUCACCCAAGGAGGGUAGCGAGGAGAUUUCACCACUGGCCGAUGAGAGCAUCAAGUCCAAGUCGAAGAAGGAUAAGGUGAAAAAGAAAUGGUCAUUCCGUAGCAUUUCGUUUGGCAAAAAGGAUAAACAGAAGCCAGCCAAGACAGAGGAGCCUGCAUCGCCGACAGCAGCAGCCGGAGCAGGAGCUGCCGAUGCAGCGGCGACAGCAGCAAAUCCCGAAGCAGCCCCAACGAACGGCGAAGCGGAGCGACCAGCAGAAGCAGAAGGAGCAACUGCAGCAGCAACUGGAGCAGACGCAGCAACCACUGAGCAAAGCGCGGACGCAAAUGCGACGGCCAAGGUAGAAACGAAAUCCACUGAGAAUGGUGCAGCCAGCGAACAAGAGAAGCAACAACAACAACAGGAGCAACAAGCUAAUGGUAACGACAAGACAUCUGCCCCAGCAGCAGUAAGCAGCGAGGAAGCGAUCAAAACUGAGACAAGCACCACCGAAUCGGCCACAAAUGUUGAGGUUGCUGCCGCUCCCGCUCCAGCUCCCGCCCCGGCGGUUGUUGAGCCAAGCGUUGUUGCUCCCGUUGAGAGCGUUGAGAGCACCACCACCACUGAAGUUGUUACCAAUGGACAUGCCGCAGUCGCCGAUGUUGUGUUGACCAAUGGUGAUAAGAAUGGCUUGGCCGAAUCCCCAACCGAGCCGGAGGCAACAACCACCAUCAACAACGUGGAUGACGAGCCACUUCAGAAUGGCACGAAUGGUGUCGGGGAGAAGAACGAGAUGGCAACGCCACCGCCAACACCGGUUGCCGAGUCCGAGGCCGAGCAAAUUAAGAUCAAGUCGCAAAUUGAGGUAAAACAAAUAGACACUGCAAACAACACUGUAAAUACGAGUACCACAACAACAGCAACAGAAACAACAGCAACAACAGAGAACACCACAAUCACAACAACAAUAACAACAAACACUGAAAAUAUAACUGAGACCGAGACCGUUGCAGCCGCAGAGUUAGUUCAGACCCCAAAAAACACACUUCCUAACAUCACUACCACCACCAACACCACCAACACCACCAACAGCAACACAACAACAACCAGCACAAGCACGGACAAUUCCGCCAUACUUUCCACUUCCCAAACGCAGGAUGAUGAAGUGCAAGCCGAUGUCGCCGAGGAAGAACAAGUGGUUGCUGCUAUUAUAGCGGCUGUUAGUGAGACCUCCGAUCCUAAUCCUGAUCCCGAUUCCGAGAGUUUUGUUCUUAUCGCUGCGCAGACAGAAACCGAGUCUCCCGAACCGCAAGUCGAACCGGAAACGAUUAUCGUUUCAGUUUCCCCUGUGUCCACUCAACAGGAAGUUGAUUCCGAGUUUGCCAAGCUCGAUGCUGAGGUAGUUUCUCUAGAGGCUGAAGCAGCUGCCGUUGCAGUUGAGUCAAUUCAACCGCCACCACUGCCCAAGUCCCCGCCACCCUCUCGUGUCUCGGCAUUUGCAUUGACCACAGACGUUGAUGAUGAUGACAAUGAUGAUGAUAAGCUCGUCAAGGAUGAGGAGGAGCAGCCAGAGAAGCUGGAGGAGCAGAAGAUGACAACAGCAGCAGAGAAAGAUAACACGCUACUCAAUGAAAUUGAACAACAUGCUCAGAUUAUUGUGGAGGAAAUCACUGAACAAGCCGCAGAUAUUGUGACGGAGCAAGAGAAGCAGGUGGAAGACGAACCAAUUGAGGAUGUCCCCGAAGAACGAACAAGGAUUGUGACCGAUGUGGAUGAAGAUGAUGAUGAUGAUAACAAUGGCAAUGAUAACGAUAACGAACAACCCGAGUCGAUCGCAAAGGAUGAAGAGUCGCUUCCACAGCCAGAUGUAAUCCUCCAGAAUCUCGUUGCGGCCGUAGAUGAGCUCAGUUUGCAAGACAACAAUGACAAUGAGAAAGUCACAGUUGUUACGCAACUUGUGCAGGAAACGGAAACGAAGCAUAUCGAUAUUGAUAAUGAGAACGAUAAUGAGAAGAAUACCGAUACCGAUACCAUAUUUGUAACAAAAGAGAAUGCGUUGCAUUUUAUUGAAGCUGCUGCUCAUUAUGAGGAUACCGCCAAGGAUCUAAAGGAGAAGAACGCCGCGGCAGAUGUUUCAACACAGGACCUGCCCGUGACAUGCGAAUAAUACUAAUAAUUAUUAUAUAUAUUACAUAUUAUUAAAAACAAAAGAAACAAAAAAAAAAAAUAAACAAAAGUAAGAAAAAAAAAAAAAACUAUAAAACGAAUAAGAAAACGCAACGUAAAACCAACAAUUAAAAGAUAAACACGAGAGCAAAAAAAAGCAAAAUACAUUUUUAACAUUUACAUAUUUUAAUCAUUUUUGUACGAAUUUCAUAUCCCUAAUCCAAGAUUACAUGAGCAUACUAUAUUCAAGAAAACGAAAAUGACAGAAUAUAAAAAACACAAACACACUUACAUCAACCACCAACAACAACAACACCACGAGAACCACCAACAACAACACCACCACAGCUCACUCCACCUUCACCACCUACUGAGGUGAAACUGUUUUCCCCGCAAGUGAUGAUGGUCCAACCGAAUUUGAUGCUGGCAAUUUUCCAAUCUCGACAUUGCACAAAAUCAUAUUCAUUUACACAAUUUGUAUAAUCCAUCAAUACGCAUUUAUAUACACUCGACAAACACACUACACAACAUAUAUAUGUAUACACACCACACACUACACACCACACGCACUCACGCAUACAUACCAUUGUCAUAUUGAUGAUCAUGAUAAAGAAAAUAAUUCAUCGAUGAAAUGAUGAACGAAUUUUUUGAAUAAUUUCUACUAUACAUUUAACUGUAAGUUCUAAGAAAUUUGUAAAGAAUUUUUUGACAAAAUAUUGGAUAAAUAUAUAUUAUAAAAUUAUAAAAACCAGCCAUGGCUCGACUGAACUGAACUUGAGCUUCGAUUGUGGAAUGAGUGAAUAUAAUGGUUCGAAAAUGGAAAUAAAUACACAGUUCUAUUAAGAAAAGAAUAAAACGCACACACGCAACAUU